AUGCUUUUGGAGGAUACAAUUAUUCCUCCACUUUUCACUCUUCUUUUGAAGCAUAUCGAAAAUAUUCAAUUUUCAGUCUGCGAUACCUCACGAUAUCGAUGUUGUCGACUGAUAACAUCAAUUUUUGAAGGUAUUGAAGAAAUAGAAACGGAUUAUGAACCUACAAGAUGUAAGGAAGAAGGAAGUUUGCCGACAGAAGUGAUGGAUAAUCUGAUUAGAAUCUUGCAGGGACGGAUAUAUGAUAAGAAUCCGUUUGUACGGGCCGAAGUAAUCCGAUCAUUGUCCAUUUUGUACAGAAUCAAUGAUAGAAAUGACGAUGAGAAUGGAUUUGAUUACAUUAAGUACAUCGUUGACGCUUUAAAAGAUAUUUCACGUGAUGUACGGAUAGAGGCAGUUCAUUGUGUACCGUUAUUUACUGAAAGCGAUAUUUCAACAUUUAUUUCAAUGAUACUAAUGGAAAAUGAUAGCAAUGUUCGUCGCCUUGCCUUUAGCCGAAUUGCAUGCAAUUUGCAUGUGCGUUCACUUACUGUCCAACAACGAAUGCAACUACUCAAAGCUGCAUUUGCUAGCGAUGAUGCUAUGUUACGAAAAAUUACUGAACGAAUGAUUAUGAAUUGGGCUGGAAAUGAUAUAGUACCAUUACUUAAUCUUUUACAACAUCUCGAUUUUCUCUCUGAAUCACAGAUAACCCAGCAAGCUUUAAUGAUAUUUCUCAAAAGUUAUCAACGGGAAAUAGGAAAUGCACGAACCAGUGACAUGUUAGUGAAUCUACAUAAGUUGUGCAAUGCGGCACAGACUAAGUCAGUUCAAACAGGUGUGACGUCAUAUACCGAUUUUGUGAACUAUGAUAUACUUAAUCGACGAAAUUAUACCGAACUACGCCACAGUUCCAACAACAAUCUCUAUGUGAUAGCUGGUCGUAUAUAUAUUUGGCGAAGUUUAUGUGAAUAUUGUCAGUUAAAUGCUGCUGAUGAAGCAGAUCGCUGCGAAUCUUUGCAUGUUUUGCUUCCCGAUAUGAUUGAUUUCAUUGAUUUUCUUUACAAUAGCUUGGCUACAUGGACGGCGUCUAGAGACUCCGUGCAAGGAGUUCUCGAAGAAUGUAUCAUCUUCCAGUUGUGCUUACUAACACGGCUAUUUGAUCAGACGGAACAAGUUGGAAUGGAAAAGUGGCAAAACACAUUGGAAACAAUCAUAUCGACGCGAGAUUUGCCAAAUUCGGAAAAAGUAUUGGAGUUCGCGGUGUAUGAAUUAUUCGAUUUAUUCUAUGCAAAGGAAGGAAAGUUGGAAGAAUUCCUUGAAUGGUGUUGUUAUCGUAUAAACAGUUUUUUCACGCCUGAUUUGAAUGAAACUGAAGAACUGCCACUUACCAGAACUUUGCUGGCCAAACUUGGCGUGGAUUAUGCCAUGUCGUGUGAAACUACCGAAGAAGUCACCAAUUAUGAGCCAAAAAGUCACAACAUACAACGUGCUUUGCUGUUACUCCGUGCUAUAAUGCGAAAUUCUUGUACUGCCAAAGUUACUACCUUCUUGCGAACUGCAUUCGAUCAAGUGGUGGAUACGCACUGCACAACUCUGGAUCCAAUGAUUUGGGCUUCCCUUUCUGAAGUAAUUGGUAUUGGUGUAGCAAUUGAUGGACAAAUUGCUCGUGAACGAAUUCAUGUCUUACGUUCUGCUAUUGAAGUAGAGGGAGCGCCUACACGUGUUAAGGCGUUGGCUCUUACAUCCAUAGCUGCAUGCGCGAUUUUGAGAAGUUAUGCAGCAACUGCUAAGUUGUAUUAUCCGGAAAUUUUAGACAGUGGUGUUAAAAAGGGACAAAUGCUUCUACAAGUUUUUGAAGGAUUUAUAUUCAAUGAGGAUGCCGAACUUUCUUUUGCGGCCGUUGAAAGUAUUGGUAAAAUACUGUAUCACGGAUGCUUCAUCAAUCAGCAUAAGCUAAUCGGUGCAUUGAGGCAUGCUCUAAAAGCAUUAGACGAAGCGCAAUAUGGUGGGACACUCUUAACUAAUAUUGAUGUAAGCAGAAUGAUCAAAUUUGUGGCUAAAGCAGUUAAAAAAUCAACACUUUCAAACUCCACUAAGAAACAGAAAUUAGAACAGACGUAUCCUCCGCAAUUCUUUCUGAUCAGUUGUUUGCUGGAUUGGGUUAUCAAUAAUGCCGAAAGUAAUUUGAGUGCAGCAUGUGUAAGCGCUCUCGCACAUACUUCACCGGAAGAAUUUAGUCAUAACAGCAAAGCGUAUUCUCAUCUACUCAAACUGACCGCUCAAUGUAUUAAUGUAUUAUUUACACUUGAACUUGACAAACUGAUACCGAUAACUCGACGAUUUGAAAGACGGCUUAAGCAUAAGGAAGGAAAUGAAAAUAAAAAGUAA